UUGAUUGCUGAGGAGUCUAAGUGCUAGUAGAAUAUAACUAGAUACCGUAUAGUUGAACAAGUUGGGAAUAUAUUCGACGAAAAUUGUUCCUUACUGCCAUAUAAGAAAGACCACUAAAGCUCUAUUUGCACUAUCAAGUUUCCAAAAUAAGCGCUUCCUGUCGCAUUCGAGUGUAGAAAAAAAUGGCUCAACUUCAUAAACUCGAGCUACAAACUCAAAUAACAUCACGCCCAGAGAAAUUUUUCGACCUCUACAAGAACAAAACAUAUCUCAUGCCAAAAAUCAGUCCCGACAAACUACAGAGCAUUCGUGUUCUUGAAGGAGAUGGAAAGAGCCUCGGUUCUGUUAGGCUCUGGACUUACGUCAUGGGUAUUCCUGUGAUUGCGAAAGACAAGAUUGUUGCUGUUGAUGAAGUGAAUAGGUCGAUCACAUUUGAGCUUAUCGGUGGAGAGGUUACAAAAUACUUCAACAGUUUCAAGGCCACACUCGAGGCUACUACAGAGGGCAAUAAAAAUAUAAUAAAAUGGAGUCUCGAAUACGAGAAGAUGUCUGAAAGUGUGCCGAAUCCACACUCUCAUCUCGAAUUUCUGGUUACUAUGUCCAAAGAGAUUGAUACUUACCUUAUCAAAGCAUAGGAACAAUCUAUGAUAUUUGUGCCUUGUUGCUUUUUGUUUAAUGUGUGCUCACCUAUCAUAUAAGUUGAAUCAAUAAUAUGUAUCAUGUGUGUUUAUCUUAUCAAUUCGAAGAUAAUUUGCUUU